AUGAUGUGUGAUAAGUCGAAGAAAAUACUGGACUAUUCAACCGAGUUCUUAGAUAAGUACAUACCAGAAUGGUUUGAGACGGGAAACAAGGGUCCACUGUUUCUUUUCGUAUCAGGUCCACAAGGUUCAGGUAAAAGUUAUGCAAGUAUUCAAAUCUACAAUCAUUUGAUGGGAAAAUAUGGAGGCGAGAAAUCCAUCAGUUUUGCCUCAAUUGAUGAUUUUUACUUGACACACGAGGAUCAAUUAAAAUUGAGCAAGCAAUUUAAUGAAAACAAACUACUACAAGGGCGUGGGCUGCCUGGUACUCAUGAUAUGAAUUUGUUGCAAGAAAUAUUAAAUACGAUUAUCAAUGAUGAUCAACAUCCAGACCAAAAAACCGUUACAUUACCCAAGUAUGACAAGUCUCAAUUUAACGGUGAAGGAGAUCGUUGCCCUGCUGGUCAAGAAAUUAGACUUCCAGUCGAUAUUUUCAUCUUAGAAGGUUGGUUUCUAGGUUUCAAUCCUGUUCUACAAGGUAUUGACAACACUGAUCUUCUCACUGGAGACAUGGUUGACGUCAACGCCAAGCUGUUCAUGUACAGUGAUUUGUUGUGGCGCAACCCAGAAAUCAAAUCGUUGGGGAUAGUAUUGACUACUGAUAACAUCAACAACGUUUACGGUUGGAGAUUAGAGCAAGAACAUGAACUGAUAUCAAAGGUUGGGAAGGGGAUGACCGACGAACAGGUACACGCCUUUGUAGACAGGUAUAUGCCUUCCUAUAAGCUUUAUUUUGACGAGUUUGUUCGCGAGGAAAGUCUAGGCUCUUUAGCUACAUUGACUUUAGGUAUUGAUUCAAGGAGAGAAGUAUUUUCUACAAAGACUAGAUGCAUUGAGUAG